GCGGAUGCUCCGCGGCAGGGACCCGCGCCGGGGCUGCUGCAGCGUCACUAAACUUUGCCUCGGCUCCGGAGGAAGGAGGGAUGUGACCUGGAAAGCAGGAACGGCAGAAAGGGGAUGGUGCUGCAGCUUGGAAAAGGUUUUUUCCCCCCCCUCGCUGUCUCAGGAUCGUUGGGAUUUUACAAAUGAGAGCAGGAAGCUGCAGUCAAAGGGGGGGGUGCCAGAAAUAGAUUUAUUUUUUCUUUCUCCUGCUAGAAAUGAAGAAAUUUGGGAGUCCAUAGAGGCUGUUCCACAGGCACCCCCACUUUUUGCUUGCCGAGGCAUUUGCGUUCCUCUGGAAAGUGGCAUCCACCUGCAAGGGGAGUUGCCAUGUAAUCCCAAAGAAUAAAAACUCCGGGAAACAUCUCCGUGCCACUGAGCCAACUCCAGAGGGACCCAAGUUGGGAAUUGGCAGGACAUGUCCUGACUCUUUUCGGAUGAUAGAGGAGAAGGAUCAGCUGGGAAGAUGUUAAAUAUUAAUAUUUUACCCAAUCGCCGCCAUUCGUGGAUUUGCUUCGAUGUGGAGAAUGGCCCGUCGCCGGGGCGCAGCCCGCUGGACCCGCAGGCCAGCUCCUCGUCGGGACUCGUCCUGCACACGACGUUCCCGGGCCACAGCCAGCGCCGGGAGUCGUUCCUCUACAGAUCCGACAGCGACUAUGACCUCUCACCAAAGACCAUGUCCAGGAACUCCUCCCUCCCGAGCGAACAGCAUGGCGACGACCUGAUUGUCACACCUUUUGCCCAGGUGCUGGCCAGCCUAAGAAGCGUGAGGAACAACUUCACGCUUCUCACCAAUUUACACGGCACCUCCAACAAGAGAUCUCCAGCCACGAGUCAGCCACCUGUCUCCAGAGUGAACCUGCAAGAGGAGCCCUACCAGAAGCUGGCCAUGGAGACGCUGGAGGAGCUCGACUGGUGCCUGGAUCAGCUGGAGACCAUCCAGACCUACCGCUCCGUCAGCGAGAUGGCAUCCAACAAGUUCAAGAGGAUGCUGAACCGGGAGCUCACCCACCUGUCCGAGAUGAGCCGCUCCGGCAACCAAGUGUCCGAGUACAUUUCCAACACCUUCCUGGACAAGCAGAACGAUGUGGAGAUCCCUUCUCCCACCCAGAAGGACAGGGAGAAGAAGAAAAAACAGCAGCUCAUGACACAGAUCAGUGGGGUGAAGAAAUUGAUGCACAGCUCGAGCUUGAACAACACCAGCAUCUCACGGUUUGGGGUGAAGACAGAGAAGGAAGAUCACCUGGCCAAGGAACUGGAAGACCUGAAUAAGUGGGGCCUCAACAUCUUCAACGUGGCCAGGUAUUCCCACAACCGGCCGCUGACCUGCAUCAUGUACGCCAUAUUCCAGGAGCGGGACCUGCUGAAAACCUUCAAGAUCUCGUCGGACACGUUCGUGACGUACAUGAUGACCCUGGAGGACCACUACCACUCAGACGUGGCCUACCACAACAGCCUGCACGCUGCUGACGUGGCCCAGUCCACCCAUGUGCUGCUCUCCACCCCUGCCCUGGAUGCUGUCUUCACGGAUCUGGAGAUCCUCGCUGCCAUUUUUGCGGCUGCAAUCCAUGAUGUGGAUCACCCCGGGGUCUCCAAUCAAUUCCUGAUUAACACAAAUUCCGAGCUGGCCCUGAUGUACAACGACGAAUCCGUGCUGGAGAACCAUCACCUGGCCGUGGGCUUCAAACUGCUCCAGGAGGAGCACUGUGACAUCUUCCAGAACCUGACCAAGAAGCAGCGCCAGACCCUCAGGAAGAUGGUGAUUGACAUGGUGCUGGCCACUGACAUGUCCAAGCACAUGAGUCUGUUGGCUGAUCUGAAGACUAUGGUGGAAACAAAGAAGGUGACCAGUUCAGGAGUUCUCCUUCUGGACAACUACACAGACAGGAUACAGGUUCUCCGGAACAUGGUGCAUUGUGCUGACCUGAGCAAUCCCACCAAGUCCCUGGAGCUCUACCGGCAGUGGACAGACAGGAUCAUGGAGGAGUUCUUCCAGCAGGGGGACAAGGAGAGGGAGAGAGGCAUGGAAAUCAGCCCCAUGUGUGACAAGCACACGGCCUCCGUGGAAAAAUCCCAGGUGGGAUUCAUCGACUACAUCGUCCAUCCUCUGUGGGAGACGUGGGCUGACCUGGUGCAGCCCGACGCCCAGGACAUCCUGGACACUCUGGAGGACAACAGGAACUGGUACCAGAGCAUGAUACCUCAGAGCCCGUCCCCUCCCCUGGAGGAGCGGGGCCAGGACUGCCAGGGCCUGAUGGAGAAGUUCCAGUUUGAACUGACGCUGGAGGAGGAGGAUUCCGACGGGCCCGAGAAGGACGGCGAGAGCCUCGGCUACUUCGGCAAUGCAGAGACGCUGUGCGUGGCCCAGCCCGGGGAGGAGGAGCCCCAGAGGGAGGCCACCAUCGAGAUUGUGACAGAAGACACAUCUCCUGUGGACACAUAAUGGCCCGGCCCCGCGGGAGUGGCUUUUAAACACUUGCGGAGCUUGCGAGCGGUCUCGGACGGCCUCCGCAGCGGGGCUGAGCCUCUGCCACGGGGCUGGCAGAUCCUCCAGCUACUUGAGAUUGGAGUCAGGGUUACAGAUGGGGUAGGGAGUGAUUGCUCAGGAAAUGCACGGGUGAUUUGCGUUGUGGUUUGAGCCUCGUCAGCCGAGAGCACCGCGUGGUCCUGGAGCUGGCUUGGGUCGGGCCGAGGCGGCGCUGACACACAACUGAGAGAUUUUAUACUGUUAGUUUUGGAGUUUAUACCAGUUAGACUGAUAGAAACUACUGAUCAAUAACUCAUAUCCAACCUGUCCACCUGUCUGCAGACCUGUGUGCCUUCUUUGUAAACACUUUCAUGUCUUUUCAAGAGUCUCUUAAUUCAACACACGGAGCUUGGUAGUUCAAAAGCGACACAAAGUGUUUCGGAAUUGACGGCUACUUUUUGGAUUCUUCCUGUUACCAGAAGCAGUCUUCCUUUCUUUUCGUGGGCAAUACCUGUCACUUUAUUGCAGUUAAUCACUUUGACAGACUAAACAGAAGGGGAAACCCUCUGCUUUGCAUUACUGCACCUUCAGUGUGUUCUUAAUCCCCCCGGUGACCCAAUGGGAGUCACUCGGUGCCGCCGGGCGCCGUUCCCUCGCUGGCAACAGCGGGAAUUUUUUUCCUCCCCGGGGUUUGGGUUUGUGGUGAGCAGGACAGAGGGCAGGUUUUUUUUCCCUGGCACAGCUCAGUCCAUCCCUGAGUAAGCGUGGCAAGGCAGUGUGUGACACGCCUUCCCCCUUGGCAGCUCCCUGGAAUUUGCACGCUCGGAUAUUUGUGUUUCUCUGGCCUCUCGUCCACGUUCCCUAGGUUUAGGUCCACCAUCCUCCUCCUCCUCCUGCACUGCCUCGAGCUCUACCACCUCCAUUACUGUUUAUAACAGUGUAUUUAUUACCUACUGUACAUACUGUAAUGUUUUGUAAGUUAUUAAUUUAUAUGAAUUAGCAUCGCCUGUCGGCGGCGAUGCUAAUGGGGUAGAAAACUCGGAAUAAGAGUUGCCUUUUUUUCUUGUAACCUUUUGUAUUGCAUAAAGUCCAAGAACCUGAACAUAGCUGAAGAGACAGACACAACCCAGGAAGGGCAUUCGGGUGGCAGCCGCCCGUGGGGAGGGGACGCCGCAUCCCAGGGCAGCGGAUUUGGGAAUCUGCCAGGAACGCAGAGAGGGGGAGCCCAACAAAGAACUCCCCGGGCCGGCUUUUCAAUGUCACAAUGUUCCAAUUUCUGAACAACCCAAUGUGAAUCUCUAUGACAAAACAAAAAUGUGAACUGAUGUAAUAAUUGUGCUGUGAAACUUCCUCUGACAAAGCUUGUCCGGCAUCGUGAGCGGUGUCAAUCUCAGUUUGUAAAAUAUGUUUCAAGCUUUUUGGUCCAACUCGUGACUAAUUAGUUCAUGACAAUAGCACAGUUGUGCAUGAUCAAUGGGUUUGUUUGUCUGUUGAACACUGCAUUGUUCCAGGUGGUUAUUUUAUUGUUCCCCAAAGUUUCACACUAUGUAUGUUAUAGUAUUCUAUAUUGUGUUCAGACGCAUUCUUAAGAGAUUUUUAUAUGAAGUGAAUAAAUGAAAGCAUGACCCAGCC